AUGCUUCCCCGCGUCCUGUUAUGUGGCAACGUCGAGUUCGCUCUAGAUGAACUGAAACACCUACUUGGUGGUAUCGCCGACGUCGUUACCUUAUCCUCUUCCACUCGUACCGAGUUCUUUGCAAGCUUUGAGCCCGGAGGACCAUACGAGGGGACCGCCGCGAUCUUUAGGCGGAAUGUAUCUGCGCAGCGUAUCGGUGUUUUUGACCGCGCCCUGAUUAUGGGCUUACCGGCAAGCGUGAGGUGGAUUGCGCACAGCGGCGUUGGGUAUGAUCAAAUUGACUUGGAGGCUUGUCGGGAGCGAGGUGAGUAUCUUAGCAUCGGGGUCUCGAACACGCCCGGCGGCGAGUCGACCGCAACGGUUGCUUUGUACCUCAUCAUCUCGUGCCUUCGGCAUUACUCAGCCGCCCAACGUCAUCUUCUCUCCCCCGAGCUUGGGUGGCGCGAUCCGCAGUAUAACUACGCGGCGCGUGCCCACGGCCCUCAAGGGAGAACACUCGCUAUUCUUGGCCUGGGCACGAUUGGCCUGAGUCUCGCACAUUACGCGAGGCCGUUGGGUAUGCGCAUUGUGUAUCAUUCGCGAUCGAAGAAGGGUGCAGACGAGGUGCCUCCGUGGUGCGAAUACGUAGACUCAUUGGAAGGAUUGCUGAGGGAGGCAGACGUACUGAGCGUGCACGUGCCGCUGAACAACGUGACUCGAGGGAUGCUGGGCGAGCGGGAGGUGAGGAUGAUGAAGAGAGGUUCGGUGCUUGUGAAUACGGCGCGUGGAGCGGUCCUAGAUGAGGAAGCGGUGAUCAGGGCAUUGAAGGACGGGCAUCUCUCGGCCGUUGGGCUCGAUGUUUACCCAAAUGAGCCAAACAUCAACCCCCGGCUACUCGCUUUUCCGCAGGCGGUUCUGCUGCCCCACGUUGGCGGGGAGACCUACGAUACGUUGCGCGCGAGGGAAAUCAAGGCUAUCACGAAUCUGAAGGACUUUCUGAUCAAAGGACGAGGAGAGGACCUUGUCCCAGAGUUGCGGUCGUGA